AUGGAUUCAAUACUGUAUUACAUCAAUUUAAAUGUAUUGUUUCAGGUUCACUGCAUGAAAUUAGUCCAACAUCCCAACGUAGUAAGACUAUAUGAAGUAAUAAACACACAAACCAAAUUGUACUUGAUCCUGGAGCUGGGCGACGGCGGCGACUUGUAUGACUACAUCAUGAGGCACGAGUCUGGAUUGUCAGAAUCUCUGGCCCGCAAUUAUUUCCGCCAAAUAGUUCGUGCAAUCUCAUACUGCCAUAGGUUACAUGUUGUGCAUCGAGACCUGAAACCUGAAAACGUAGUUUUCUUCGAAAGAUUAGGUGUAGUGAAAUUGACUGACUUUGGUUUUAGCAAUAAAUUUUGUCCUGGACAAAAACUAGAGACUUCCUGUGGUUCCUUAGCUUAUUCGGCUCCUGAGAUUCUCUUAGGGGACUCAUACGACGCGCCCGCCGUGGACGUGUGGUCGCUCGGGGUUAUCCUUUACAUGCUCGUGUGCGGGCAAGCUCCAUUUCAAGAAGCCAAUGACAGUGAAACGCUAACGAUGAUUAUGGACUGUAAAUACACAAUACCACCGCAUAUAUCAACAGGCUGUAAAAAGCUAAUUGGACGUAUGCUAGUCCGCGAGCCAGAGAAGCGGGCCACGCUCGCGGAGAUAUCCGCCGACCCGUGGGUCACGGGCGGUGAAUCCGCCACAUCACACGAGUGUGACACACCCCUCGUGACUCGCGAACAACUGUCCGAGGAAGACCGCGCUAACAUCAUGCAGAGAAUGGUCAGCGUGGCGACCAAGGAACAGAUACUGGAGGCGCUGGAGAAGAAUGAAUAUAAUCAUAUAACUGCUACGUAUUAUUUGCUGGCUGAAAGGAAGCUGAGAGCUAAAAGGCAAGAAGAAAACCUAGCCAGAAGGCCUGAGGUGCUAAGUGUGUCGCGAGGAGGUUCCCGUUCUAACAAUCUGCUGGCACCGCCGACGCUGCCCACAGCGCCUCGCACACCACAAGAUGCUCCCCCCAGGUCACGAAAGUGCAGCAUAGUCCGCGAAGAAGAAGACGACGAGGAGAGCAGCCCCGGCGCCCGCGCGGUGGACGCCCGGCGCGGCUCGCGCUCCGAGGGCCGGCUGCGGCUCGCGCGCCCGCCCGCCGCGCUCGCCGUCACGCUCACCCGGGUGAAUCUAGAAGAUAACCCGACGGAUCCUCCCUCGGCAGCGGCGGACAGGUCGGAGGCGGCGGAGGGCGCCGAGGCGCCCCCGCGCGUGCCCCCCGCGCCGCCGCCCGCGCGCCGCCAGCGCCUCGACGUGCGCCGCCGCCGUCCGCGCGCCGGCUCCUGCUCCUCCUCCGACCUCUCCGACGACGACUCCGAGAAGAAGAAGCGCGCCGCGGAGCAGAACGACGCGCCGCCCGAGCGCGCACGCCGCGACUCGCACGACGACUCCAGCGACAGCCAGGAGCGCGGCGCCGGCGCCGGCGGUCGCGGCGCGCGCCCCGCCGGCCGCGCCGCCCGAGCGGGCGCGCCCGGCGCCGCCGCCGCCGCCGGCGCCGACGCGGGCGGCGGAGGCGGCGACGCGCGCCAGCAGGGCGGCGCCAACACCGGCAGGCGGCGCCGCGCGGCCCGCAACGAGUCCCGGCUGCGCGAGUCGCGCUCGCUCAACCGCAUCGCGGAGGUGGAGGAGGCGGCGGCGGCGCGCUGGGCGGGCGCCGGCGGGCUGGUGGCGUUCUGCGGGCGGCCGCUGCUGCGCCUGCUGGCGGCCGCGCGACCGCAGCCGGCGCAGCGCCGCCUGCACGGGCUGUGCUAGCGUCGCCGCCGCCGCCGGGACUCCGAGUGCCCGGCGCGGCGUGACCCCGCUCCGCUGUCCAGAGCGAGCCGAGCGUCCCCGGUAGACUGUUACGACGAGGAGGCUCUGAGGACGACCGACGACUCGUGUCCGAGCCGUCUCGCGCUGGUGGCGCUCGACGCGCCUGCCGCGGGGGUCGGUCGGCUCCCGGAGGAUCCGUUGGAGCCGAGUUUGCGAGUUUGACGGUCGCGCGCCCUCCUGCGGCGACUCGCCCUCGCUACAUGAUACGGUAACUGUUGUGUCGGUCGUAUCGCCCGCGUGCCGCCAAAAGAUAGUUCUAGUUAAGGAAGUCCGAUCUAACGAUUGUCCGGUGCGGAACUGCCGUCUUGAACAAAGCAAUAAAUUAAACUUUAUAUUUUAAUAAUUUCAAUUACGCAUCCCCGUAGCGUUGUCGACUUAGUGAAUAUAGAUGCGUUAUUAGUUGUUAGACAUAUCGAAACGUGUCGGUGCGAUAUUUCAAAAAUAAUGAUUAUCGUCAUGAGGAUGUCUUGGUUAAAUGUGAUAUCAAAGUUGAUUAAGACGUGAUGCUGAUGGCAAACACCGGAUUAACGGGGACAAAACUGAACUGACGUUUAAUAGUGCGAGGACAAAUUAAAUUAAUUUUAUUACUUAAAAAUAUCGAUAAAAAUUACGUACAACCGUUGUGUAAUUUUAAGAAUGUGAAAUAAUGGUAUAUUGCAAGCUAAAAUAAAUUUUAGCAAGUCCAGGUUAAAUACGUUAUGGUUUUUAGCGACGCUGUUAUGCCUUUUGCUUAUUAUAUGCCUUUGUACGGAAAACUUAUUUCGUGAUAUAUGAAUUUUACAUUUCUUGCAAAAGUAAGUCGUACCUCUACCUCUAUCUUCUAUAUCUGAAUGGUCAGUUUUCCAUGAAAAUAAACGAUCUUUUUUCUUGCGAGGCAUUUUCAACCGACUGAAAAACAAAAAGGUAGGCGUAAUUAAUCGGAAUGCAAAAUAAUAUUGUUUUACUGAAUUAAUUAUUCAAUGUAAUUUCAAUACUUGUCACAAGUGACUCGACACCGUCAAUGUCAGGUAUCGGUUGUUUGUACUUGUGAUAAGUAUAAAUGAAAGAGAUUUGCACACAAUUAACUGUAUUCAAACUUAGCCAUUAGCCAUUUUGAUAAUGAUGGAUAAAAUUGUUUUUUACUAUGUCGAUAAAUUUAGUCGAUUUUUAAUUAAUCACUAGCACUGGUGCACUUUUGCACCCGUCAAUCCGGUGUUUGGAUGAGUGUAUUAAAGUAUUGUUCAGUCGGCUCCUUGUCGCUCAGGAAAACUGUGACGUCGUUUAUUGUAUUUGCGGUAGCCCCAACGUAACGAAACAUUUCCCUAUUUUAACUGAGAUGCUUCAUAGGUAAACAGGGUUACUCCAUUUCAUUUCACAGGUAGGAAUUGAACCUCAUCGUCAUCACCAUAGAGAGAUAUAAGUAAAGAAAGAGUGGUAACUCCAUACAUUUUCGCGCCUUAUUUCGUAGUCUACAUCUAGCGUCAAGUAGCGGAACUCUCAGUACUGCUACUCGACAAUAGAUGUAGUGGCAAACAAAAAAUCUAAUGCUCAACGAUUUUCAGCUAAUAAUAUUAUAACCAGAGUAACCAGAACUCUUUUCAACUCCCACGGUUGUUACUCUGGUUAUAAUAUUAGCUGAAAAUCGUUGAGCAUUAGACUUUUUGUUUGCCACUACAUCUAUUGUCGAGUAGCAGUACUGAGAGUUCCGCUACUUGACGCUAGAUGUAGACUACGAAAAAAGGCGCGAAAACUGAUGUAUGGAGUUACCACUAUUUCUUUACUUGUAUCUCUCUAUGGUCCGUCACAUAUGGAAAAAGUACUGACAAUUCAUAAAAGAAGUGCUGAGCAUAAACAUAGACCAAUAAUCAAAGAUACAUUUAUAACUUGCUAGUAGGAUUACAGUCGUUUUUAUCGUUUAGAAUAUUUUCAACUUCCGAAAACUGUUGGUUGCUAGUUUGUUUAGUAUGAAACUGUGGCAUUUCCUACGUGUUAGUUAAAUUAGAUGUGGUUUCUGUUUGGUUGAUUGGUUUUGUAAAUUGUAUGUGUCUUAAAAUGGGAAUGUUAACUAUGAACAAAUGUUUAAUGUAUCUGUGUACAUAAAUAUUAAAUUGUUGUAAAUAAAUAGUCUAUUUCAAAUAUAACGUUAAAAUAAGUACAGAUUAUUUCGUUCAGUUUAGUUGUUUUGAUGGAACAUUAUCGUUUUAUUACAAAGGUCAACUUCGACUGGAGUCCAGACUGUUGGUCCAAAAAAGGUCUGUUGGGUCGCAAUAAUUAAAUGAAACGCUCAUUUUGUGAUAAAUUUUUGUUAUUCAUUAGCUUUUUCAAAUUUGAUAUGGUUGACUACCAGCUAACAGAGUCCACGGGUCAGGGCUUGCGAGCCUCUAUUAACAUCGGCGCCGAUAUGUUUAGCUCGCAGUGAUAUGAUGCCAAUAUCGGGUUCCGUGGAACCCUUACUGCUUUAUGGUGCAUUUCGAAACGUCUUUGUAUCAAUAGGGUGACUGCUAUACUUAUUGGCCACUCUUAACAAUAAUGCUUCAAUUGGCUUGAUUCUUUCUGAUUUGUUAAAAGUGGCCAAUUACUAUAUGUAGUGGCCAAUAACUAUAGCAGUCACCCUAAUAGUAUCCCAGUAUGCAUAUCGGUUCGCAUUUCCAUUGCGAGUUGAAUAUGUCGUUUUAAGUUGUAAAGUUGUUUAUAAAAUUGUGGGUCUGAUCCAAACUUUUAGAUGUCGCGCAGCGAAAAAUUUUUUUAGGAAUCUAACUGUUCCCCUUUUCGUGGAUUAUAAUGGAUACCAAAACGAAGUUACCCUGAAUCCCACAUUGGAUACACCAAAAGAGUGCAUACAAAAUAUUGAUAUAGACUUUUUAGGAUUAAGUUUUACACUUUGUAUGGUUGUCAAAGAAGUGUUAAAAGUCCCUGGCAAGCUAGGCCGAAUUACACCGUCCCAUACAAACUUAGUUCCGCUCUCAUUUUAAAACUUCGUAUUGGAUUGUAAUGAAACUUUGCCGUCUGUAAUUAGUUUAUAUAGCUCCAGUUUACAAAACAAACGAAAUAGCGCUGUAUUUUUUUAAGUAUGGUAUCUGAAGCUACAUGAACUAAUUACAGACAUAGAUAUACAUAUUGUAAGUACAAAGUUUCAGAACAAUCUAGCUAGUCGUUUUAAAAUGAGAGCAGAACUACGUUUGUAUGGAGAACCGAGCUUGCCGGGGACUUAAGGAAGUGUGUCAUCGGGGAAGUUUUGCACUUUGUAUAGUUGUCAAAGAAGUGUAAAGUGUGUAAAUAUUCCCUGAAAUGCCCUAAGUUUUGUGAUGCAGUUUUUUUCUGUUGUGCGACUCAAAAACUUUUGAUCUGACUCUUAUAUAAUUCUGGUAGUUCGCAUUUACGGUUCUAAUAAGAUGUCAUCAUGUGUGCUAACGGUAACUGUCCUCUCAUUCACCUAUUUUACAUACAUUAUUGUAUUUAUUGUUCUACAUUUUGCGGCUUGCUAGGUUGGACUUAGAAGUAUGAAAUAUUUGACUUCUGUGUACCUCAGGGUGCUUUGAUAACAUGAUAAUGCAAUAAAAUAACAAGACCAAAGAUUAAUAAAUUGUUUGUUAACUAACAAUACUUUGUCCUAGUUGGUGCCAACGUCUAUACAAUUUACGAUUUAUUUAUCUUUCAUAAAUAAUGUACUUUGAGAUUGGGCUUUUUAUUGGUGCUUGUUAUUUUAACUUUGUACAGGACACUUUAAGAUGAUUUUUAAAUGUAAACUAAACUAAAUUCUAUAUAUAGAAACUGGAGUGAAGUGAAUGAGUGUAUUUAAUCGAAUUAUACGUACCUAUAUCCACUACUUAUAUACAUAAGAUAGUCUAGCGCCAUGAACAAAAUUACUAACAUACUCAUUAUUACAUUAACUUUGUGGUUUGUUGCGAAUUUCUGAAUGCCUUACGAUUAUUUCAUUGUCGAUGUACGAUUGCGUUAAUUUAUUGGCUGAUUCAUCAAAUAUAGUACUUCUCUUUCUUAAUAUGCUUUUGAUUGCACUUUAUUCUUAUAACAUAGAUGUCAUAGGACCGUCAGCAUAGUGUCUCUGCAUGGGGACUAACGCAUUGGUGUCGUGGUACCUAUACGUGUGUAGUACCUAGUGGCAGUUUGGGAACGCUAUAAUCUCCUGAUUUCUUAUGUAUAUUUUUCUACAGUUAAAUUAUAAAGAAGCUCAUUUUCAAUUUUGUUUGUAAUUUAUUGCAUGUAAAAUGUAGGUAUACGUAUGGUAUUUUCUCUAUUACCGAAGCAAUUAUUAAAACAACGGGAUUUUCAGUGCAAUAAUACAGAUAUUAUCCGAGCUUUGAAUUUAUACAUUUAUAUUAAAUUUAUACGAGUGAAGUGGAUAGCUUAAGGCGUUUUAAACUGAUAUUCUAAUAACUGUGUACCUGGUUGCCAUCUGUAUUUGGCGUUAAUUAGGCUUUUGCAGAUUGUCCACGACUUUUAGUAAAUAGGUCUUGUAUGUAUUUAUGUAUCAGUAAAUUUAUCACAAUA